AUGCCAUGGAUUUCCGGUUCCCCCUGCCCUCCACCCUCCGCGGCUGCCGCCCGAAUCGCUAGCCGGAGAACUGCCGACCUAUUCCCGACUCGCUGCCACCCGCAACCCCCCAUCACUCCCUCCGCAGCAAACUCCUCUUCGGAAUCCUCCUCCUCCGACACGAAGCUCUCCACCUUCUGCGCCGCCGUCGCCGAGUUCUCCAAACGCCCCCACGGUCCCCUCCCCCCUCCCGGCGCCGUUCCCCGUCGCUCCCUUCCCGCCUCCUACAACGCCCUGAUGAAGUCCUUCUCCCGCUGCGGCGAUGCCGACGAGGUCCGCCGCCUCUUCCGCGAGCUCCAGCUCUUCCGGUCAGCUCCCAACGCUCUCUGCUACAACACCCUCAUCAACUCCCUCGUCGUUGCCAACCGCCACGCCGAGGCGGAGGCCGCCUUCGAAGAGAUGGUCUCAUCGGGCGUCGCCCCGACCACUUCCUCCUAUACAAUUCUCAUAAAGUCGCGAUCUUUACACCCCUCCCUCAUCGAUUCUACUUAUGACAUCAUUCAGUUCAUGGUUCGAUCCGGCCGACACCCCGACAGAGUCACCUACUUGACCCUGAUCGCCGGCCUCUGCCGCGCCGGGAGGAUUGAGGAGGCGUGGGGUGUUUUGGAUCAGAUGCUCGAAGAAAGGUUGAUGCCAACUGUUGAAGCUUAUACUUGUAUCGUUCAUGGGUAUUGCUCGGCAGGACGGAUCGAAGAGGCCAAGAGGUUGAUGGGCACUAUGGAGGCCCUUGGCUGCCGACCGGACGUGGUGACUUACAGCAUCUUGGUGGAGGCCCUAUGCAGAACCGCCGAAUUCGAGGAAGUGGAGAAGAUCUUGAGGGAGAGUGCGUCCAAGGGCUGGAAACCAAAUGCCAUCACCUACAAUAUCUAUAUGAAUGGGCUUUGUAAAGCAGGCAAGGUCGACGAAGCAUUCCAACUGUUCGAAGUUAUGCGGAAGAGGGGCUUGUGCCCAGAUGCAAUCACUUUGAACAUCCUUUUUGAUUGCCUUUGUCGGGACUCGAAGGUUUGGGAGGCCAAGAGCUUGCUGGAGAGGAAUGCUGAAUUGGAAUGGGAUGUCGAUGUCUUCUUCUACAACACUUUGAUGAGUAGGCUUUGUGAGCUUGGUGAAUGGAUCAGUGUUCUAAAGCUCUUGACUGAUCUGGUGAAGAAGGGAAUUGGACCGGAUGCUUGCACGUUUACGAUCGUGAUUCGAAGCCUUUGCAGAGCUGGGAAGCUUCGUAAAGCGAAAUGUAUUAUGAGCAGCAGGGGAUUUGGUGCUGAUGUUGUGGCUUAUAACACUUUGCUUCAUAGGUUUUACAUGGCAGGAGAGUUCAAUGAAGUCCAGCGGCUUUACGUGAACAUGGUCCUGGAAGAUAUUGUUCCAAAUAAGUUCACCUAUGGUAUCAUGAUUGAUAGUUUUUGCAGAGAAGGAAGAUUUUUAGAAGCUAUUGAUUGUCUUCUUGGAUCCCUCAAACAAGGGUUCUUAUCUGAUCUGGUUGUUCGUCUAAAUAAUUGGUUGAUUAAGGGUGGGAAGCUGAAAGAGAUACUACAACUGCUUGAAGAAAUGACAAAACGAGGCUUCGUUCCAGAUGUGCGUAUGUUCAAUGCGCUGAUAAGUGCAUUUUGCAGGGAGGGAUACUGUUGGAGAGAAGAUGUAUAUAAAGUUUGUCUCAUUCUCGACAAAAUGCUUGGAGUCAAGUAAGUUAUCUCAAGAUGAUGAGAUUCUUCUGAUCAAUAGUCUGAAUGAAAGCAUGGGCUUAAGA